UUCCAUUGCGCUCAGCUACUUAAAGGAGCUGAUGCAACAAACUCUGGUUAGUCCUCAAAAGCCUACAUCAGACUGUCGGAUCCCGCACCGUCCCGCAUCAGCACUGCGGACUUUGGACGCCUUAUAGCGUCCAAUCACGGUUGCAUCAUUGACUGACGACGACUGAGCCGUUUUCUCUGAAGGUGGUGGUGGCCGGGUUGGACAUGAUGCCCGGACAGAUACCUGACCCUUCACUGGCGGCGGGCUCUCUGCCCAGUCUGGGCCCGCUGGCGGGCAUCUCGGCCACUACACUCACCGAUCAACUCAAGCUGGCUGACUUCCGCCAGCUAGGAACCAUGUUGUCCCCUCUACAUUUCCUGGGGAGGCUGGGGAAGAGGCCCCUGUCCAUCAAGACAGAGAUGGAUGAAGAUGAAGAAAGAAGGAAACGGAGGCGAGAAAAGAACAAAGUGGCAGCAGCACGAUGCCGAAACAAAAAGAAGGAACGGACCGACUUCCUCCAAAGGGAAUCAGAGCGUCUAGAAAUGGUGAACUCUGAGCUGAAGGCUCAGAUCGAGGAGCUCCGAAUGGAGAGACAGCAGCUAAUGGUGAUGCUCAACCUUCACAGGCCCACCUGCAUCGUGAGGACCGACAGUGUGAAAACACCAGAGAGUGAAGCCAACCCUCUGCUGGAGCAGCUGUCCUCUGAGGCCAAGUGAAAAGUGAGAAACCCAGGGAUCCACGCGACCCCGAAAAAGAAACAUGGCACCACCUUAAAUUGAAUUGACAUUACAUUUCUACAAAGAAAACAAAAGCACUUGAGCUCCGAGCUGGACAUUUUGGAGACUCUGCCCAAGAAGCUGGGGAUUGUAGAGCAUCCUAAACACUGCUACAGGAGCUGGCUCUGUGCAAAGGAAGCCUGGAAGAGUGCAGUCUUCCAACAGCCAGCAUUAAGGGCCAUUGGUCACACUUAAUGCACUGUGCCUCGUUGUUACAUCAACCAUCUCUACGUGAACAAAGGGACCAAUGUCUACCAUCUAGUACAGCUGGAGCCAUCACUGAGGAAACACACUAACAUCAACACGGUGCUCUCUUCCAAAAGCCCCAAGUGUAAAUUGUGUGGCACUUUUUUUUUUCAGUGAAGAGACUCUACAGUUUUCCUUUGUAUGCAAGUCAAAUUAUACCAGUAUAGAGUUUAUAGGAUACAACAAACAAGUUCACAGGAUGGAUUGGAGUUUUUUCCCGUUUGGUUUUUGUAACGUAGAUUCCUAUACCCUGCCUUGACGAUGGCAGACACCGGUUGAUCCGAUUUGUGGUGACGCUGGCGUCAUGAAAUGCACAUAUACACAAAUGUUUACACUCUUGUUUGUUAUUUGGACGUUUUGUCUGUCCACCAUUGUAUUUGUUUUAUACUGCUUUGUAUACAUAAACGUAUAUGAAAUACCUGUCAAUCACUUGAUGUGAUUCGUCUUUUCAGUCUGUCUCUGUCAUGCUGCUGCUGUCAAACAGCUAGGCAGUAAUUCAUUGUCUUUAUGGACCCGUAUCUGCUACGUAUGACUCUGGUAUAUCAUGAAUAGAUUAAAAUUUAUUUUCUAAGUACAAUAAU